UAUGUCUAAGCCCGCCAACACGGAGAAUGUGUCCACCUUGGAGACCGCCAUGCAGUUGAUGAUCCAGACCUUCCAUAAGUACUCUGGGGACGAAGGCGACAAAUACACCCUGAGCAGAGCAGAGCUCAAAGUGAUGCUCACUGCAGAGCUGGGCAACUACCUGGGGGUAAGGAGAUUCACACACUACACACACAGACACACACACACACACAGAGACACACACCGUAAAAGUCUUCCUCUCUCCCUCAUGCAGAAUGCCCAGGACAAGGAAGCAGUGGACAAGGUGAUGGGUGACCUGGAUGCCAACAACGACGGAGAGGUGGACUUCACUGAGUUUGUUAUCUUGGUGGGGGCGCUCACCGUCGCCUGCAACGACUUCUUCCUAGAGUACAACGACAAGGGGGAGAAGAAGUGAACACAACGCACACAUGUACACUCACACACACCUACGUCUCUCUCUCUCACACACACACACACACUGAGGAAGAGGAGGAGAGGACGGUGAUUAUGACGAUGAUGCGACACCUCCACUCCAAUCCUGCCUAGGCUUCAUUCCUACUGUUUAACAGAGAACUACACACACCACACACACACACUCAGAGAUGUUCAGAGAUGCGUCGUGGCACACUGGGCGGUGAGUUUUUGUGUUUUGUGUGUGUGCCAUCUCAAUCCAAACCAAACCCAACCCACAGAGAAGUUUAUUACAGAGUGAAAAUGUGGAGAGUUUAAGUCAUCAAUAACGGUCAUUGUUGAAUAUGUGAAUAUAAUUUCUCUGUCUUUUCAUUCGUUUUGUAAACCCCUUAUUUAUGUUUCGUUCAUUGUUAAACUGUUCCUCCUCGAUAGAAUAAACAUAACAUUUAACCAAA